CCCUGAUUUCGUUCGCUCGUACUUGCCGUGUAGGAUACUUGGUGUCACGAUCGUAUUUAUCAGCGAUCUUUCCUAUCCUAUUCAAAAGCUUUGCACUCCUAGCAUUGCAAGUCUUGCGCUCGAUCGUAGUGGAAAUUGUGUGGUACGGAACGUGACUCAGAAUGGCUGCUACAUUAACGCCGGAGGAGAAGGAGCAUCUGAUCACUCGCAACCUUCAGGAGGUGCUGGGACAGGAUAAUCUCCGCGCAAUCCUAAAGGAGCGUGAUCUUAAAAUAUACUGGGGUACGGCUACUACUGGCAAACCGCACAUCGCUUACUUCGUGCCGAUGUCAAAGGUGGCCGACUUCCUUAAAGCCGGUUGUGAGGUAACGAUCCUGUUUGCAGAUCUGCAUGCCUAUUUGGACAACAUGAAGGCACCGUGGUCGCUGCUCAAGGAACGUACGAAGUACUACGAAGCGGUUAUCAAGGCGAUGCUUUCGUCACUGGGUGUCCCGCUGGAGAAGCUGCGGUUCGUGUGCGGUACGGACUACCAGCUAUCGAAGGAGUACACGCUCGAUGUGUACCGAUUGUCCUCGGUUGUAACGCAGCAUGAUGCCAAGAAGGCGGGUGCGGAGGUGGUUAAGCAGGUGGAACAUCCACUGAUGUCAGGGAUUUUGUACCCCGGAUUGCAGGCGUUGGACGAAGAGUAUUUAAAGGUGGACGCCCAGUUUGGUGGCGUAGAUCAGCGCAAAAUUUUCACUUUCGCAGAGAAGUAUCUGCCGCAGCUGGGUUAUGCCAAGCGCAUUCAUCUGAUGAACCCGAUGAUUCCGGGACUGGCUGGCGGUAAGAUGUCCUCGAGCGAGGAGGACUCGAAAAUUGAUCUGUUAGACAGUGCGGCCAAGGUGAAAAGCAAGAUCAAGAAAGCGUUUUGCGAGCCAGGCAAUAUCGAGGAUAACGGGCUGCUGAAGUUUGUGAAGCACGUCAUCUACCCGAUGUUCAAGGAAGGGGAAGCAUUCACGAUCCAUCGUAAGCCGGACUUUGGUGGCGAUUUGGUGUUUGUGGAGUACGAGCAGCUGGAAGCUUGUUUUGCCUCGCAGGAACUGCAUCCAGGAGACUUGAAGGCAGCUGUGGAAGUUUACAUAAACCGUCUGAUAGAACCAAUCCGGAAGACGUUUGAUACUGAUUUCUAUCGAGAACUAACCGAGCGCGCUUAUCCUGCACCGGUGAAAGUUGUGGCAGGCAAACAAGCAGGCGGAGGAAAGCAACAGCAGAGCGCAAAUGCUACUGCUGCUGCAACCGGUGAAAACACACCGGACAAGCUGGAACUGAAGGUGGGACAAAUCAUGGACGCUGUAAAGCAUCCGGACGCCGAUAGUCUCUGUGUGCUCACGGUUGAUAUCGGAGCUGGUGAGCGGAAGGCGAUCGUAAGCAAUCUGAUGUCUCACUACACACUUGAACAACUCCGCGAGCGGUUAGUGGUGGUGCUGACGAACAUGAAGGCGUCGAAAAUUCGUGGCGUUGAAAGCGAGGGCUUGGUGCUGUACGCGGCCGGAGCGGAAAAAUCUGAAGCUUUAGCCGUGCCGGAGGACUCGAAAGUAGGCGAACGAAUUAUUGUGGAAGGGUACGACAAUACGAGCAACCCGGUGCCACCGUUAAAUCCCAAGAAGAAAGUAUGGGACAAGAUACAGGCCGAACUUCACACCGGUACGGACGGACAGGCGCUGUGGAAGGAAUUUUCACUGAUGACGCUGAACGGCGAUCGGAUCACCAGCACGCUUGCUGGAUGCAGCAUCAAGUAGGCUGAAGAUGGAAGCUUUUCGGAGUACCAUGGCAUUUCGCAGCUUUGCUGUUUGCGCUUGGAGAGUUUUAUUUUUGAUAAUUUUGUUGCCUCAUCGAUCGUUCCGAUGAGAAAAAGUGCGUGUUUACAUUCGUUUCGAAUUUUGAAGAGUAAUUUAUUAAAUUUUGGCAUCGCAUAUUAUCGAAA